AUGCGUUUGAGACCUACAGUACGGCUCUCCUUAGCCGCUCUCCUCUCGUUAAGCGCAUCAACUGCAUCAGCCCGCAGCAACUACUCCCAGUCCGAGCUACUUCCCCCGCUCUUCUCCGCGCUCGAUGACCGACCUCCCGAAUGUCCUCCGUGCUUCAACUGCCAGCUCGAUGCUUUCCAAUGCGCCCAAUUUGCGCCUUGCAACAAAUUCAACGGCAAAUGCGUAUGUCCGCCUGGCUUUGGUGGUGAUGACUGCUCGGAGCCGGUCUGUGGCUCGCUAGCCGACGGGGAGAAUCGAGCGCUGCGAAAGGGCGAGUCCUGCGACUGCAAAGAGGGUUGGAGCGGUAUUAACUGCAACGUUUGCAAGACGAAUGAUGCUUGCAAUGCCAUGAUGCCGGAAGGUGAAGGAGGCGUCUGCUACAAGGAAGGCGUCACGGUCAAGGAGAAUUACCAGAUGUGCGACGUGACAAACCGCAAGAUCUUGGACCAGCUCCAGGGCAGAAAGCCCCAGGUGACGUUUUCGUGCGAGGCCGAUGACCAGACCUGCAACUUUCAGUUUUGGGUGGAUCAGAAAGAGUCCUUCUACUGCGCCUUGGACACCUGCGACUGGAAUUUGGAGACAGGCUACAACCAGAAUAAGUCUACGUACAACUGCAAAAAUAUCAAUUGCAAGUGUAUUCCGGGACGCAUGCUUUGUGGCGAGGAAGGUUCGAUUGAUAUCGGAGAGUUUCUUGCGCAGGAGAUCAAGGGCCCCGCCACUUUCCGAACAUUAUCCACUGAAGGUGGCAGUCCGGAAGACGGAAGCAAGUUUCAGGAGCCGGCAAUGGAUGACCUGAUCAAGAGCGUCUUCGGGGACCCUAGUAUCUUUUUGAAUUGUGAUGCUGGCGAGUGCUUGUAUCAUACCGAUGUCCCAGGAUAUGUGCGCCCGAUCAAGCAAAUCAAUACCCCUCUGAUUGCCGGCGUGAUUGCGGGCUGCGCGCUCUUUGUCGUUGCUGUCAUUCUGGGCGUGUGGUACCUCUCCCGCAGAGCCUACCAUGGACGAAUCUAUCUUCCUUUAUCCGACGACUCGGAUGAUGAGGCCGCCAGGCUUCUUGCAGACCACAAGCCCGCGGCAUUGUACUGGGAUAAUGUGUCUUACUACCUCAACGGAAAGGAAAUCCUCUCUGGCAUCCAAGGCGCUGCGCACCCUGGCGAAAUUACAGCUAUCAUGGGAGCAUCCGGUGCAGGAAAGACAACCUUCCUGGACAUUCUGGCUCGCAAGAACAAGCGGGGUACGGUGCAGGGCGACUUCUACAUCAAUGGAGAGAAGCUCAGUGAUCACGACUUCAAGAGCAUGGUCGGCUUUGUCGACCAAGAGGACACUAUGCUGCCGACGCUAACGGUGCAUGAAACUAUCCUGACCAGCGCGUUGCUGAGACUGCCUCGGGACAUGAGCCGAGCCGCUAAAGAACAGCGUGUAUUUGAAGUCGAAAAGCAGCUUGGGAUCUACCACAUUAAAGACCAGUUGAUUGGAUCCGAGGAAGGCAGAGGCCGAGGCAUUUCUGGUGGAGAAAAACGCCGAGUCGGAAUUGCCUGCGAACUCGUCACCAGCCCGAGCGUUCUUUUCUUGGACGAGCCUACCAGUGGAUUGGACGCUUUUAACGCUUUCAACGUUGUUGAAUGCCUGGUUACUUUGGCAAAAACCUACAAUCGCACAGUCAUUUUCACCAUUCACCAACCGAGAUCGAACAUUGUGGCGCUCUUCGAUCGUCUUGUUCUCCUAGCUCAAGGAAAGACCGUAUACUCAGGCCCUUUCUCAACAUGUCAGCAUUAUUUCGACGAUUCAGGCUACUCCUGUCCUCCGGGCUUCAAUAUUGCGGACUACCUCGUGGAUCUUACCAUGCAUGCCAGCGUUACCCGGUCACAUGAAAAUGGAAAUGAGAGGCCAUUCUUGGACGUGCAACCCCCGAGGACUGCCUCGAGUAGUUUGAGAGCGGUGAAGUCGGUUGCGAGCGCCUCCAACGCGAGCAUCGAGGACAGCAUUGAGUCCAAUCGACGCCCCAAGGGUAAACGACGGAUCUCUCUCAAGCAGCGACAGGACAAACAGCUAUACUCGCGUAAAAAGGACCACGAGACGCCACCGACACCAAAGACCGAUGAAGAAGACGGUGGUGAAGUAUCGGACAACACUCAGCAAUGGCUUCGCCUCUCCCGGCAACACGGCCAUGUUCCACCCCAGGUUCUGGAUGACCCUGAUCAGUUGCCACCUGCGGCCCCUGGACCAACCGAUCUUGACAUCCUGGUCGCCAACUACGCCUCCUCUGAUGUUGCUCGCUCGGUUCGUGAUGAGAUCGUUGCGGCCGUUCAGAAAGCUCACGUCGCGAACGGUUCCACCAACGCGGAGAUCAUGUCAGGAGCUGCUACAGGUCAUGCGAAGAGUUACCCACGAGUCAGCCUUUUGCGCCAGUUUGUUAUCCUCUCUCAGCGGACAUGGCGCAACUUGUAUCGGAACCCGAUGCUGAUGCUUACACAUUACGCGAUCUCCAUUCUUCUGGCAGUGCUGUGUGGCUAUCUCUUCUAUGGCCUGACAGAUGACAUCAAGGGCUUCCAGAACCGCUUGGGUCUUUUCUUCUUCAUCUUAGCUCUAUUCGGAUUCAGCACGCUCACCAGUCUGACUGUUUUCUCCACGGAAAGGCUCCUGUUCGUCAGAGAGCGGGCCAAUGGCUACUAUCAUCCCAUUACCUACUUUGCCGCCAAGGUGGUUUUCGACGUCGUGCCCCUGAGAUUGAUACCUCCGAUCAUCAUGGGAAUCAUUGUGUAUCCCAUGACCGGACUGAUCCCUGCUUGGGGAGAAUUCUUCCGCUUCAUCCUGGUGCUUGUGCUCUUCAAUUUGGCUGCGGCUAACAUUUGCCUGUUUAUCGGUAUUGUCUUCCGUGAUGGAGGCGUUGCCAACUUGAUCGGCAGUCUCGUCAUGCUCUUCAGCUUGUUGUUUGCCGGGCUGUUACUCAACCAUGAUGCGAUACCGAAGUCCGCAUUGUGGCUUCAGACUCUGUCCAUCUUCCACUACGGUUUUGAGGCACUGAUUGUGAAUGAAGUGACCUUCUUGACGUUGAUUGACCACAAGUAUGGACUCGACAUUGAAGUUCCUGGUGCCUCCAUCUUGAGCGCAUUUGGGUUUGAUACCUUGGCGUUCUGGCCAGAUGUCAUCGGACUGGCCAUCAUCUCCGGAGCAUUCCUCGUGAUCGCCUACGGAGCGAUGCAUUUCUUGCUCGUGGAGAAGCGAUAG